AUGGAUAAAUCCACUGAAAUUGUGAAAAAGUUAAAACUGACAGUCACCCCCUUCAAAGUGUUCCAAAAGAGUGCAUUUAUUAAGGAUAUGUUCAAUACACCUUUGGAGGUUGCCAAAUUUACUGGUGCCUGUCUUCGUACAGUCAGUGGGAUCAGGGGUCAAAUAAAAAAAUCUGUUCACAAUCCUCCUGGUGGUUUCCGAGCCACAUUUGAAGACCAAAUUCAAAUGAGUGAUAUUGUAUUUGUGCGCACAUGGUACCCUGUUGAUCUACCUCAAUUCUAUAACACCGUCACUUCCUUAUUGUUGCCCCCUGAUAAAAAGAAUUCAUGGAAAGGUAUGAGAACAGUUGGGCAGAUAAGAAGAGAAGAAAAUAUUCCUGUUCUACAGAAAGAAGAUUCAAACUACAAACCAAUAGAACGGAAACCUCAGCGCUAUAAACCAUUGAUCAUUCCAAAGAGUUUGCAACAGGCUUUGCCUUUCAAGAGUACACACAAGAACAUUGCACCAAAGCAAGAACCCUUCAAGAGAGUUGCUGUCGUAAAAGAUCCCAAAGAAGCCAAGAUGUCUAAAAUGAUGAAGAUGUUACGUGAAUUGUAUAAACACAAGCAGUAUGAAGAUAGAUGCAAAAUGAGGGAAAGAGUGGAUAAUCACCGAGCGCAGAUGGCCAUAGAUGAAGAACGCAAAUUAAAACGUUUAAAAGACAUAAAGAAAGUGGUAUACCGAAGAAUGGGAAAAGCGGAACAAAGUAAAAAGGAAGCCGAAGAUGAUGACAUUUGA